CAGGAGAAGAGGCCGAAGUACGAGUGAGUGUUGCGGCAUUAGCACUCAUUACGUCAUUGAAAGGCACUGGCGGAAUUCCCUCGGUCCUCCACUAUCCCAGCAUUCCUUGCUGCGAACUGCAGCAGCCCGACAAAGAGAGCAGGGAAGGCAAAGAAAACAGCAGGGUGUUGGCAAUGAUGCUGAGGAGGAGCUGAGACAGGAAGUCUGCCACAGCCCAGGGGGAGGGGGUUAUUGCCGCGGAGGAGCCCCGCGUGGGAGUCAGCGUGAAGGGGGGCAGGCAGGGGGGGCCGUGCGCUGCCGGGGACCAAUGCAGCAGCCGAGCCGGAAGCCUGAGCUAGUGGAAGGCAGCCUUCCCGUGUUUGUCUUCCCUACCGAGCUGGUGUUCUACGCCGAUGAGCAGUCAUCCCACAAGCAGGUGCUCACCCUCUACAACCCCUAUGAGUUCGCUCUCAAAUUCAAAGUACUCUGCACUGCACCUAACAAGUAUGCUGUGGUGGACGCCACGGGGGCCGUGAAGCCACAGUGCUGUGUGGACAUCGUGAUCCGCCACAGGGAUGUCCGAGCCUGUCACUAUGGCGUGAUCGACAAGUUCCGGCUGCAGGUGUCUGAGCAGAGCCAUCGCAAGGCCUUGGGCUGCAAGGAGGUGAUGGCCACCCUCUUACCCUCCGCCUCUCAGGAGAGCUCUUCCCCACGGCCCCAGGAGGAGGAGCGCAAGAUGAAGGAGCGGCUGACGGAGAGCACAUUCUUCGAGCAGGCCUCGUUCCAGCCUGAGAGCAGGAUGGUGUCAGGGGGGCCCAGUGCACUCACCAUACUGCUUGGGGUGGUGUGUGUGAUCGUCCUGAUGCUGCCCACCCUCGGGGAGCUGGAGUCUGUAGUGCCUGUCUACCUCCACUUAAGUGUUAACAAGAAACUUGUAGCUGCUUAUGUUCUAGGUCUUCUAACAAUGGUAAUUCUUCGAACAUGAGAUGCUGCAGAAGCUUGAAGUGUCCGCAGGAAGCAAUGGGGGAAGCGCCGCCCCCAGGCAUUCUCUCUUGGAACACACGUUUCGGUGGCAUGGGACAUGGGCGAGAGAGGAGACCGUAGUCCUCUGAAUCAGUUCUUGAAUAUACGAGUUACAGAGCAGCUGCUGCUGCAACAAAGAGGAGGAUGGAGUCUAGCACAGGGGCCAGGUGGAGAGGUGCUGGGCUGGGCCGGGCCAGGCUGGGACGGGUCGGGGACGACAUUGAGGCAUACUCAAGGGCUGGGUGGGGGUGGGGGUGGGGGUUGGGGGAUGGAGCUGUAAAGCAGCAAAAGGCAAACUGUUUUAUUCAAGUGUCUGACUUUUUGUCCCCAGUGACUUGUUUGUGGCAUGCCAUUGCUGUUCAGAUCAGAAAUGCAAAAUGCUACCUUUGCUAUUUUACCAGUCUAAUAAAGUCUAUCGAUUUUUGGGUGUAGUAGUCAAAGUAUUAGAACAGAGAUGGUGUGUUAAACUGCCUCUGACUCUUCAAUUCCCACAGCUGUGUUGUUUUAAUCGCAAAACAAAGUGUUUUGUUACUGUGUCCCUCUUGAGUUUUAAUACCAGUCAUACCUGACAAAUGUGCAAGUCCAUGUACAUUCAGAAUGUUAAAAUUUAUGAGCAAAGGGAAUAAUGAAACUAUACUGGUAGAGAAGGGAAGUACACGUGACAUAACAUAAAACAAUUCAUUGUCUCCCUGUGUAGGAAAAUUGGUGGUGAAUAUAUAAAUACGUGUGCAAUUCUGAAGCGCGCACACACACACACACA